GCUACGUCGUCACUCUCUCUCUCUUAGAGUUCGCCGAUCCUUCUUCCGUCGUUGCUUCCGACUUCCGGGAAUUACGAGACCCAGCAGAUCUCCACUUCGGCCCCCAUCGACUCUCGGCGACCGUCGCGACCUCUAAUGGCGCUCUGAUCCGCCUGCGGAAGGCUACUUGACGGGACCUCUCGAUUCCGGCGACUGUGCAGGCGUAGGGAGGCGUCGUCGGGCGGAGAAAGCGAGCUCCUCGCAGCGAAGGCGGGGAAGCAGGGCCCGGCCUGGUUGGUGGUGCGGAUGAUCGGUCCCCCGGUGGGUUGAUGGAAGCGGCUCCCGCAGCUUUCGGGUCGAUAUAUGGAGGUGAAGCCCUCGCUUCCUCGUGCGGUGUCAUUGGGGGCAGCAUUUCCCGUGUCGGUUCUUCUCGCGGUCGUCGCGCUUGAGAUUGCAUUGUUCUUUGUGAGUUUUGGAGCAACUUGUGCCAAACCUCAAGACAGUAAGCCUCUGCUUUGGCAAAAUACUGAAUCUGGGGAGAAAAAUGUUUAUCUCACGCACUCGUGCAUCCAUGAUGAGAUACUCCAUCAAAGGCGGCGCCCUGGCCGAAAAGAGUACUCCGUCACUCCUCAAGUUUAUCAUGGGUCUAGUUUGUCAAGGCCACAUCAUCGUGGAGGGAGAACUUUGCUUGAAUUGUCUCCAGCUUUUCCACUGCAAAUUGAUGCAAAGCAGCCUAUACGGAUAUUUCUAAAUUAUGAUGCUGUUGGGCACACUUCCGAUAGAGAUUGUCAAAAUGUUGGAGAUCUCGUGAAGCUUGGUGAACCUCCUGCAACAUCAAUACCAAGAACACCUGUGUGCAAUGCUCAUGGAGAUCGACCAGUUUUUGCCGAUUGUUGGUAUGAGUGCACCCUGGAAGAUAUUUCAGGAGAGGAUAAAAAGCAACGUCUUCGGAAGGCACUUGGGCAAACAGCAGAGUGGUUUAGAAGGGCUUUAGCCAUUGAACCUGUUAAGGGAAACUUGCGGUUAAGUGGAUAUUCUGCGUGUGGGCAGGAUGGUGGGGUGCAACUUCCCCAUGAAUAUGUUGAAGUACCUUUAUACCAUGCAGAUGGAGUGGCUGAUGCUGACCUUGUUCUGUUGGUAACCGCUAGACCCACAACUGGCAACACUCUUGCAUGGGCAGUUGCAUGUGAGCGGGAUCAAUGGGGUCGUGCAAUUGCAGGACAUGUAAAUGUCGCUCCUCGUCAUUUAACAGCAGAGGCAGAAGCCCUGCUUUCAGCUACUUUGAUACAUGAGGUCAUACAUGUUUUAGGUUUUGAUCCUCAUGCCUUCGCACACUUCCGUGAUGAGAGAAAAAGAAGGCGUAGCCAGGUUACUAUGCAACUUAUGGAUGAGAAGCUUGGACGUAUGGUCACACGUGUGGUCCUACCCCGAGUUGUUAUGCAUGCUAGAUAUCACUAUGGGGCAUAUUCUGAAAAUUUUACUGGCUUAGAGUUGGAAGAUGGAGGAGGUCGUGGUACAUCAGGUUCUCACUGGGAGAAAAGACUUCUAAUGAAUGAAAUCAUGACAGGAUCUGUGGAUACAAAAUCUGUAGUUUCGAAAAUGACUUUGGCUUUAUUAGAGGAUAGUGGAUGGUACCAGGCUAAUUAUAGCAUGGCAGACCACCUUGAUUGGGGUUGGAAUCAAGGAACGGAAUUUGUUACGUCUCCUUGCAAUCACUGGAAAGGGGCAUACCGUUGCAACACUACUCAGUUGUCAGGUUGUACAUACAACAGGGAGGCAGAAGGGUACUGCCCUAUUGUGAGUUAUAAUGGGGACUUGCCACAAUGGGCUCAAUAUUUUCCACAGGCUAAUAAAGGUGGGCAAUCAUCAUUGGCAGACUAUUGUACAUAUUUUGUUGCUUAUUCUGAUGGUUCAUGCACGGACACGAAAAGUGCACGAUCACCUGACAGAAUGUUGGGUGAGGCCCGAGGAAUUAACUCCAGGUGUAUGGCUUCAUCAUUGGUGCGCACAGGCUUUAUUAGGGGUUCUAUGACCCAGGGAAAUGGAUGUUAUCAACAUAGGUGUAGAAACAACACAUUAGAGGUUGCCGUGGAUGGUAUCUGGAAAGUGUGUCCGGAAGCUGGUGGUCCUGUUCAGUUUCGUGGAUUCCAUGGUGAGCUGAUCUGCCCAGCAUAUCAGGAGUUGUGCAGCAGUGUGCCUAUGUCUGUCACUGGCCAGUGCCCUGGCUCUUGUAGCUUCAAUGGUGACUGCAUUGAUGGGAAGUGCCGUUGCUUUCUUAGCUUCCAUGGCAAUGACUGCAGCAAAAGAUCAUGUACAGGAAACUGUAGCAGACAUGGCAUAUGCCAUCCAAACGGUAUCUGUGAAUGCCAAAUUGGUUGGACAGGUGUUGACUGCUCUACUGCUAUAUGCGAUGAGCAGUGUAGUUUGCAUGGAGGAGUCUGCGACAAUGGUGUUUGUGAGUUCCGUUGUUCUGACUAUGCGGGUUAUGCUUGUCAAAACAGCUCAUCGUUGCUUGCUAGCCUCUCAAUUUGUGGUGAUGUGCUAGCUCAGGAUUUACUUGGACAGCACUGUGCACCGAGUGAACCCAGCAUACUACAGCAGCUUGAAGCAGCUGUAGUAAUGCCUAACUACAACCGAUUAGUACCAGGUGGGCGGACGUUGUUUGGCAUCCUUGACAAUGGCUACUGUGCAGCUGCAGCAAAGCGGCUUGCCUGCUGGAUCUCAAUGCAACGUUGCGACGACAAGGAUGGAGACAAUAGGCUUCGGGUGUGCCACUCUGCAUGCCGGUCUUACAACGCAGCGUGUGGGGCAGGCCUUGACUGCUCCGACCAGACCCUUUUCAGCAGCGAGGAGGAAGGGGAGGGGCAGUGCACGGGCUACGGUGAGACGAGACCGUGGUGGCUAAGACGCUUCGGGAAUCUCUACUCGCAAUACGAACGGAAAUUGUAAAGUUGUAGUUCUAAUCUUUAUGUUUGUAUUUCCUUUUAGCCAUUGUUUUCCUCUCCUCAAGCCUGCAUUUUGUGUGCCAAAAGGUUAGGUUUUGAUUUCACCCAGGCCAAGAGAAUCCUUGAAGAAGGAUGCAUGGGUUUUUUAGAGAAUUAUUAGCUUGAACAAUAGUAAAAAUGUGAUUGAGGAUAGAGAAAAUGGGAGGAAUCUGUUGAAUGUACUUACCAUGUCACACUAUUCCUGUCCUUUACAAAUGAUGCAUUUUGCUCA